AUGAGUCUCCACGCCACGAGCGAUGUCAAUCGUAUCGAGGCCCCUGUAACCUGGAAGGCCUACAUUAUCUGUGCCUUUGCCUCGUUCGGCGGUAUAUUCUUUGGCUAUGACUCCGGGUACAUCAAUGGCGUCAAUGGCGCGUCUGUAUUCAUCCACAUGGUCGAAGGCCCUGACAAAGACGCCCUCUCGUCCUCGCACCAGUCCCUGAUCACCUCGAUCCUGUCUGCAGGCACUUUCUUCGGCGCCUUAGCCGCGGGUGAUAUUGCUGAUAUGAUCGGUCGGAAGUGGACCGUCAUCAUCGGCUGUUUGAUCUAUAUGAUCGGUGUGGUGAUCCAGAUGAUCACGGGUCUCGGUAAUGCCUUGGCUGCCAUCGUUGCUGGCCGUCUGGUUGCAGGGAUCGGUGUCGGCUUCGAGAGUGCUAUUGUCAUUCUCUACAUGAGCGAGAUUUGUCCUAAGAAAGUCCGUGGUGCGCUCGUUGCCGGAUAUCAAUUCUGUAUCACAAUCGGUCUCUUGCUGGCGUCGUGUGUCGUGUAUGCCACAGAGCAUCGCAACGACACGGGGUCUUAUCGGAUCCCCAUUUCGAUCCAGUUUGCCUGGGCUCUCAUUCUCGGGAUUGGUCUCCUUUUUCUUCCCGACUCGCCUCGUUACUAUGUAAAGAAGGGCCAUCUCGACCAGGCCACCCGGUCUUUGUGCAGAUUGCGUGGCCAGCCUGCCACCUCCGAAUACAUCGAGGCUGAGCUCGCUGAAAUCGUGGCCAACGAUGAGUACGAGCGGGGCCUCAUUCCCGAUGCCAGCUGGUUUGGAACCUGGGCCCAUUGUUUCCAGGGAAGCCUCUGGAAACAAAAGUCCAAUUUGCGCCGCACCAUCUUGGGGACCUCUCUUCAGAUGAUGCAGCAAUGGACUGGAGUCAAUUUCAUCUUCUACUACUCCACCCCCUUCUUGCAGUCGACCGGUGCCAUCAAGAAUACCUUCCUGAUCUCGCUGAUCUUUACCCUGGUCAAUGUCUGCUCCACUCCGAUUUCCUUUUACACUGUUGAGAAAUUUGGCCGCCGUCCCCUGCUCGUCUGGGGUGCACUUGGCAUGUUGAUUUGCCAGUUCCUUGUGGCCAUCAUCGGCGUGACUGUUGGCUUCAACAAGACGCACACAGACGCCGCGGGCAACGACAUUGCCAAUAACAUCGCUGCUGUCAACGCGCAAAUUGCCUUCAUUGCUAUCUUCAUCUUUUUCUUUGCCUCCACCUGGGGCCCCGGUGCCUGGAUUGUCAUCGGCGAGAUCUUCCCUCUCCCCAUCCGUUCUCGCGGCGUGGCUCUCUCCACCGCCUCGAACUGGCUUUGGAAUACAAUUAUCGCCGUCAUUACUCCCUACAUGGUGAACAAAGAUCGAGGCAACCUCAAAUCUUCGGUAUUCUUCAUCUGGGGCGGCCUCUGUACCGCCGCGUUCAUCUAUUCGUGGUUCCUAGUGCCUGAGACAAAAGGGCUGUCCCUGGAACAGGUGGAUCAGAUGAUGGAAGAGACCACCCCUCGCACCUCUGCCAAGUGGAGGCCUCACACGACGUUCGCUCAGGAGAAGGGUCUUGUCACCGAGCAUGUCGAGCAGAGAAACAUCCCUGCCACUGUAGAAGAGUCGGGAGUCUAG